GACACGCCCCUGCGCGCUAGAGAGGACGGAAACAGGCAGAGCUAGAGAGAGAAGAGUGAUUUGAAGCUUGGCCGCCGGGAAGAAGCGUUCGCUGGGACAUUUUUCUCCUAUAUUUCUCUUAAAAUGGCAUAUCACAGUCCCUACAGAGCUCCACCGCAUAUCAACACUCCUCCGGACCAGGGUUUUCUUUGGAAUAUCUUCCAGCGGGUCGACAAGGACCGCAGUGGUGUGAUAUCAGACUCUGAGCUCCAGCAGGCCUUAUCGAAUGGCACAUGGACGCCGUUCAACCCCGUGACUGUGCGCUCCAUCAUAUCCAUGUUCGACAGGGAGAAUAAGAGCGGUGUCAACUUCAACGAGUUUGCCGGUGUGUGGAAGUACAUCACCGAUUGGCAAAACAUCUUCAGGACGUACGACAGGGACAACUCCGGCUUCAUCGACAAGAAUGAGCUCAGACAGGCGCUGACUGGAUUCGGUGAGCAGCAAAGCUACCGUCUAUCGGAUCAGUUCUACGGUACACUCAUCGAGAAGUUUGAUCGACAGAGGAAGGGACAGGUGGCCUUUGAUGACUUCAUCCAAUGCUGUAUUGUCCUACAGAGGUUAACUGAUGUUUUCAGGAGGUACGACACAGACCAGGAUGGGUGGAUCCAGGUUUCCUAUGAACAGUAUCUAUCUAUGGUCUUCAAUAUAGUAUAAUUAUAACUCAAGAAAAGCAGCACAGAGGAGCACAACUGGACACAACUGUGCCAAAGACGGCGGCACUUCCUGGACGUCUGCCAUGGUGGACACUACAAGAUUUUUUUUUUAACAUCACUAAAAUUUGAUAUAAAAGAGAAAAUAUUGUAUGAAGAUGUUGGUUUGUUUUGUUCAUAAAGUCAAGGGUUUUGUCUGCACGUACUACUUUCGUUGAUGUAUUUAAAAAAAAAAAAAAAAGAAAUCUUGUAGUGUUUUAUUUGAUGACCAAUCUGAUGUAUGUCUGUAUGGAAGACUCCAGUUUAGGGAUUGUUAUUGACACUAUGUCUUACUGUCUGUUGUCAUUUUAAUGUCUUAACGUUAUAGUUUUUAAAAAAUGCAUGCGUUGCAUGCUUUUCAAGGGGGUUUAGCCCCUCAUGUCGUAGCAUGCUUUCUCUUCUGUUUGUUUAAAGCCAUGUUUACAAAUACUGUGAAAGCAGGCAGCCCUCUGCUUUAAAAAUUCCCUAACAUGCCAGCUUACAUGCCAUAUUUGUACAAACUUAUUUUUUAACAGCAAACAUACUAUUGGUGAAGGGCGGCAUUUUAGUAUUGCUUAUUUUUUGUGCAUGAUGCCUUAAGACGUGUAAAAAAACAACACAAAAGUGAAGUCUUUUAUUAAAAAA